AUGUUUGUCAAUGUCCACAAAGACGACAAAUGGGGUGUCUGCUCAGGUGUUGUCGAUGGCGUGGAGGCUCUGAUAGCCUCAUCAGCUUCGAGCCUGGAAAGAAUCGUCCAACACGAGUUUGUUGGUGAUACCAAAGAUGGCGGCCUGGCAGUCUGCUUAGCCAGUGUAGACGGUCGUGCAAUACCUCUUUAUUUGCAGGGACCGGAUGGAGCGCUGGUCAAGGACUCGACUAGGGAGUUGUUGGCAAGGGUUGAGGGUAAUAGCGAUGCCACCACCAAAGGUGAAGUGGACGAGGCCGCAGUGAUGUUUGGGAAUCCAAGGGGACUACGGGCAGGCUGCCAUUGUGGAGGUGUCAAUUUCCGCAUCACCCGACCCAAUGCCCUCUCAAAGCAAUGUUCUUCGCCAUGGCCCGACUUGCUUGUGCCCUAUCAUUCUUCGAGCUCAGAAAACCAGGCAGAUAUCAAGUGGUGGCUGCGUGCAAACGACUCGAAAUACUUGGCAGGUACUUGUGCGUGCAGGUCUUGCAGAUUAGGUUCCGGAUUUCCAAUUCAAGCCUGGGCUUUUGUCCCGAAAGCCAACAUCCUUCAGCUCGAUGGUAAGCCGCUGGACUACAACAUGGGGACCCUGAAACAGAUUGAAAGCUCCAAGGGUUGUUUCCGUGAAUUUUGCAGCCGUUGCGGCGCCACAGUGUUCUGGCAUUGUCUUGAAAGGCCGGAUCUGGUUGACGUCAGCGUCGGACUCUUGAGAGCGUCGGAGGGUUCGAGGGCAACGACUAUGUUGGACUGGUGGACUGAGAGGGUUAGCUUCAGAGAGGAGGCAUUUGAUAAGUUGCUCAUUGACAACUUGGAGAAAGGGUUGCAAGCUAUCAAGUUGGCGGACGAUAGGGCCUCUGCCGCUUCUUGA